AUGCACCCUCCGUCGCUUCUGACUGUUGUCGGCUGGAUCAAGGCCGCGUGGUCGGAUAUUAGCGAGGCAUCGAUUCGCUGCAGCUUCCGCAGCUUCUUUCUUGAAGAAAACGCUGAUUUGGCACUUUGGCGUCACGAAGAGUACGAAUUCCAUUUCCAGCGACUUGUGUUCAAGAGCGACAUUGCCGACUCGCACUCGCACGUACUACUCUUGGAUGGCAACAGUAGCAGUGGCAUGGGCAACGACGACGACGACGAUGAGUAA